UCUUGAACCCAUCAGAAAAAUUCACACACAGUCACACACAACAGAAAAAAAUCUCCACCCUCUUCACAAAACACAAACCUCUAAUCCUUCCAUGAAAUUCCUCUCACAAUCACUCUAAUUUCUUACAAAUGGAAACCAUUCUCUCUCCUCCCACAUUCUCUCCACUUCUCAACCCCAAACCUUCAUCUACUAGAUCAUUUCUCUCUCCUUGUUUCCAACCCAGAUCAAAUUCUUUACCCUCUACAAAACCCAUAUCUUAUUCCCUCAAAAAGCACAUUUCUUUACCUCAAAAAUCAUCAUCUCUUUCAAUACCCAAUAAUUGGUUAUCUCCCAUUCAACAUGGAUUAACAGCUCUUGCUCUGUCUUUAGCUCUUAAUUUUUCACCCAUUUUGCCAAGUGGACUUGCUAAUGCUUCUGAGUUUGAUGUUGUUAAUGAUGGACCACCUAAAGAAUCAUAUGUUGUUGAUGAUGCAGGUGUUCUUAGUCGUGUCACAAAAUCUGAUCUUAAAAGAUUGUUGACUGAUUUAGAGUCUAGGAAGAAUUUCCGUAUUAAUUUCAUCACAGUUCGCAAACUUACUAGCAAAGCUGAUGCUUUUGAGUAUGCUGACCAAGUUUUGGAGAAAUGGUACCCAAGUCUUGAGCAAGGUGAUAACAAAGGGAUUGUUGUCCUUGUCACUAGCCAAAAGGAAGGGGCAGUUACAGGCGGACCUUCAUUUGUCAAGGCUGUUGGAGAAAGUAUUCUUGAUGCAACUGUGUCAGAUAAUCUUCCUGUAUUAGCAACUGAAGAGAAAUACAAUGAAGCCGUUUAUAGCACUGCCAAGCGGCUAGUGGCUGCUAUUGAUGGUCUUCCAGACCCUGGUGGCCCAAAGUUCCAGGAAAACAAACGAGAGUCCAACUUUAAGACCAAGGAAGAGACGGAAGAAAAACGAGGGCAAUUCAGUCUCGUGGUUGGUGGUUUGUUGGUCAUUGCAUUUGUUGUCCCCAUGGCACAAUACUAUGCAUAUGUUUCAAAAAAAUAGGUUGUCUAUUGAUGCAUGCUCUAAGGUAACUUGCCAUCUUUUUGCAUUUUUGUAAAGUAUAUGUACAAACACAUAAUUGCCCAAACCAAAUGUUUGACCAUGUAAACAACGGAUUGAUGAGGUAGUCCUAUACUCCUAUUUUGAGGGGCUAUGAGAAAAUCCAUUAUGACGAGAAAGAGUCAUGCAUGAAUAUUCUUUUUUCAA